AUGCGUGAAAAUCGGCGCAAUCAGCUGCUGCCCUGGCGGGGCGGCGGCGGCGGCAGCGGCCAGCUCGUGAUGUGCGGUGUCCUUGUCUUGGCAACAACUUCUCGGGCGCUCAUGACGUCACUGCAGGCCUCCUCGCACCCGCGCAGCUGGUCGUCAUCUGUCCGCACCCAUGGUAGUGGAAGAACUAGCGCGAAAGGCAUCUCCUGCCUGAGGAGCAGCGCUUUCAGCGGCAGCGACUUGUCAGCGACCAUGAUCCAGGGGCGGGCGGCGGGUAGGCAGCAGCAGCGGGGCCGCUACUCCGGCAGCGGAGUCGGGGGAUUGGAAGCGGCUGUUUCGGACGUUUUCCCAAGGUUCAAAAGGCGAAGGAAGGCCUCCGCCGAAGAGAACACGCCUCCUUUGUAUCGCAGCGUCAAGACGACGAUGAGACCUCUGAGAUUGCCGGCUUGGCCGGUCCAAAACGGGUUGAUCUACACGGCCCUGGACUUCUUGCGCCUCCGGAAGCUGGCGCUACACCUGGAGGACCUGUGGGGCGGGCGCGUGGGUGUCCUCCAGCCACCGAACCAAGUGGAAUCCGACCCGUUCAUCAUGCUCGUGCACCACCGACACACGUUCUGGCCCCUGGACCCGUUCCGACCGAUCUCGAAUAUGUUCGUGCCGGAGGGAUUCCCGGCCCACCCGCACCGAGGCUUUCAGACCGUCACGUACGUCAUGAGGGGCGGUAUGGUACACCGGGACUCGAUGGGGCUGAAGCAGCGCUACGGCGCGAACGCGGUGCAGUGGAUGAGCGCCGGAAGGGGUAUCCUUCAUGAGGAGAUGUGGGACAUCAAGGACAAGUGGGAGAAGGCGGACAUGGAGCUAUACCAGAUCUGGGUGAACCUCCCAAGCUCGCUCAAGAUGACGAGGCCGCGUAUUCAGCUGGCGGGAGAGGGGACGGGGUCUCCCCUCCCGGUGGCGACGCCUUCCAAGGGAACCGAGGUCAUCGUCUUGUGCAACGAGACAUCUCCCGUGGAGACCAUGCAGCCCCUGUCGAUGCUGCACGUGAAGAUGAAGGUCGGGGCCGAGCCGUGGGCGCACCACGUGCCCUGGGGCCACCACUGCCUUAUCUACGUGCGGCGAGGGGACCUGACCGUCGUCCCCACCGAGGAGGGCUACUACGAGGGAGACGAGGACCGAGAACCGCAGCUUGUUCCUACCGCUACCGCCGUCUCGUUGGAGGACGACGGCGACUACGCGAGGUUCGAGAACAGGGGGAAGGAAGAUCUGGACUUCAUGCUCAUCGAGGCCGAGCCGACGCGGGAGAGCAUCGCAACGCGGGGCUCGAUGGUGAUGAACACGGAGAAGGAGUGCGACAAGGCUUACAGAGACUUCAGCGAAGGGUUCUUUGGGGUACCGUGGGACAACCGCCUCAACGACGACGAAUGGAGAGAGUACGUCCAGGGGGCUGGUGGGAAGAGAACAGGCUACAGGAGCGACGAGCGAUGAGUUUGCGGUCCUAUUUUUCCCGGGUCUGCUCGCAUUUUUGAAGCUGUUUUCUCCAUAGAAUUCGUGCCAUAGGCCAGCUUGGACACGAGCCCCUGCUU